CCCGCUGCCCGCUUUGCCUCGACUGAGCUCCAAUUCAAUACGCUUGGGGCUUCAAUUAUUGCAAGGCAUACCUGCUACCCAUUCUGCAGCUACUCUGAUCAUGCGGUGAACUUGAUUCAUCCUUCUCUACCUAGAGAUCAUCCCAUCACACUUUAGAUCCCAACCCUCAUCAUGGCUGCUGCACGGCCUCGCCCUUAUCGGCGCAUAUUGACCUCGGCCCUGCACAGAAGAUUUGUGCAUGCGUCUGCACUGGCGCUGUUAGUCUGCUACAUUGUUGCAUUUGCCCUUGGUGAGAAAUCAUCAUUCUUCUGGUCAUGGUUUCCAAUAGGAGCAUGUGGUAUUCGAACAGUUCUACUCUCUCUCUGCAGCCUUGUCAUCUUUGUCCUGCGUGUUGGUCAGAUGCACCUUGGCGCAAGGACGACCGCCUCGUCAAUCAGUACACUCAAGCAACUUCUUCCGUUCGAUGCUUUCCAGACCUUCGGAUGGUACAUGUUCUCAGCCUGGUGGUUCAACGAGAUCUACAGAUGGUCUUCGCCGCUUAGUGCGCACUUGGAAUGGGUGAACCGAGCCAGACCUCACGAACGCGCAAGUCUCAACGAACGGGCUAUAUACCUUUACACCUAUCACCUCGUGCUAGCAGUCAUACAAUCGCUUUUUCACCUAUACGAUGAUUAUGACCGAGUUCCUGUCCCAGUCGCCAAACGGUCUGAGAAGGACAAAGGUGCAGUUCAGUCCACUGCCAAACGCAUCCAGGCUGAAUUCCUGCCGACCAUUGUUGGCGGAAUCAAGAGGAGUUUGUUCGUUGCUUUGGCUUGCCCUCUGGCGUACUCCAUUCUUCUCCGUCGUUAUGCGUGGAGUACCGCUUUGUAUUUUGCCAAACUCUUCUGGGAUAUCCCCAGGUCCGCCGCUCAUCCGCCAGGCUUUCUUCCACCGAUCACACCGGGAAUCAUCUUCAGGUCAAUGGUCUCAGGAGCACUUCUGAUGCUUUGUUGGCAGAGCGCCAAUCUUUUCUUUUCCAUAUUUUUGAGCAAAGAGCCCCUCAAGCGCGGCCAGCCUUUGACAGCCGAUGCUAAAGACCCCAACGGCAGCUUGCUUACCGGCCUCAAAGCGAAGAAGGAGACGGUUCGAGCCUUUGCAUUCUGGGAACUACUUUUGAUCAGCCAGCAGUUUCCUGAUCGUCGCAAAGCGAUCUUUAAUGAUAUCGACCGCGAAGAAGGGGCAGCCUGGUCUCAGAUUUUCGCCGCGACCACAGAAGUGGUCAAGGGUGUCGCGACCCGAGUCAAACCAAAUGUCGAUGAGAAGGAAUAUCGAGAGACAAGGGAAAAGAAAAGUGCACUUUCCGGUACCGACACUGGCCUACCUCCAAAGGAUGAACUCGUCCUUCGCACUCUCCCUCGACUCACAGACCCGCUAAAGGCGCCAAAUGAGGUUGACAUCUUCGCCCCCGUCCCCAAGACCGCUUCUCACCAGGAGGCUUGGAAUGAGACCAUCAAAUCAUUCGGAAACAACCCCGACUGGACUCCUACCGCCCGCGCCAAAGCUGUUGAUGUCCUGGACCGGGCAUUAUCUGCCGUGCUCAGUCCCGAACAGAAGCAGAAGCUCCUUGCUACUUACAAGGAACUCCUCGAGCGCCUCACUGGUCCCUUGAUGACGUGCAAGCCCGAAGACCUGCACCCUCUCAUGGCACAAGCCCUUCGCACUCCAAUCGGCCGCCAUUUCCAACAUACUUACGCCCGUCGCUUGUCCGGUAUCGUCCUUGGCACACCCCACGCCAAUAUAUGCUCCAUUGUCCACUCCAUCGAUUCUAUUACUGGUCUCUCCAUCAAGAGUCUCGAAGAGGAUUCCUACGGUAAAGUCCAAGCCGAUGUUCCUGCCCUCAUCCGUCUGUUCACCGAAACCAUCCAAACCCUAGAGCCGUUCAUCAACGGCGGUCUGGACGCGCACUGGACGGACGUCGAUUUCCCACCUUCCAGCAAUCCGGAGGCGCAGGCUCAGGCUCGUCGGGUUCCUGAUGUGGAUCUAGUCCUGACGACGCUCAAACACUCUCUGAAAGAUAUCCUGUCCGCAUUCAACAAAUAUUUCACCGUGAUGGACUUAGAUGCUAGGGACCUCCGGCUAGCCGAGGAGGCCGCUGGCGUGGUUGAUGCGGGUCUGUAAAACACCAUUUCCUCCGCAAACAGUUUUCCACCUGCGGGUCUUCAAUGAUGGAAGAUACUGUGCUGUGAUGAGUUUCCAAGGUAAACUUGGUUCUCCUGUUUUUGACUCAUCUGAUUUCAGAAGAUGAGCUUCUGGGCCGUUUCCUUUUUCUACCCUUUGUCGAAUAUUCCAAAAAAGGGCUAUUGUUUUGUUUGAAAAGUUGAGGCUUAGACCUAGAGUCAGUCCUGACUGUUAUGUAUGCAUUUCUCUGGCGUUAGUUGGGCAGGUAGUUAUCAGUGGAUUACUGUAUUCCAGAAUUUGAGAGGGCAACAUGUACUGUAUACUUGUCACAUGACAUCACCAAGAGUGGACUAUUUUCUCCGCACCCAAACUAUCUCACUUGUCCCUUCC